ACGCAGCCUAGCCGGAAGUAGCUUUUCUUCCUUCUCUCGACGGAAAACAAGUGUUUUGGACGCCGGUUGCGUAGCGAGCGAGGUGGGCGACUUCUCUCCUUCGUCUAGAUUACCGGGACGGGUCUGUGGUGUUUCUCCCUCAGCGUCGAAGUGAUCAAGUGCAGGAGCCAGAAUGGGGAAAAGGCAGCAUCAGAAGGACAAAAUGUACAUAACAUGUGCAGAAUAUACACAUUUUUAUGGAGGAAAGAAAGCAGAAAUUCCGCAGUCCAACUUCAGGCGUCUACCCUUCGAUCACUGUAGCUUGUCUUUGCAGCCAUUUGAAUAUCCUGUUUGCACACCAGAAGGCACCAUCUUUGACUUGCUGAAUAUCAUUCCCUGGAUAAAAAAGUAUGGAACGAAUCCAAGCACGGGGGAGAAGCUUGAGGCCAAAUCGCUCAUCAGACUGAACUUUGCUAAAAACAGCGAUGGUAAAUACCACUGUCCGGUGCUCUUCACGGUGUUCACCAAUAAUUCUCACAUUGUGGCUAUCAAGACAACUGGAAAUGUCUUUGCUUAUGAGGCAGUUGAACAGCUGAACAUAAAGACGAAAACCUACAAGGAUCUAUUAACUGAUGAACCCUUUAUUAGGCAAGAUAUUAUCAUACUACAGGACCCCACCAAUGUGGACAAAUUUAACGUCUCCAGCUUUUUCCACGUUAAGAACAACUUGAAAGUGACUGAUCCAGACGAGGAAAAAGCAAGAUCGGACCCGUCUUAUUACCUGAAAAAUGCAAAUGUCGAGACCCGAGAAACGUUAUCAGAACUUUAUAAAGAAUUCAAAGGGGAUGAAGUUCUGGCGGCAACAAUGAGGGCUCCAGAGAAGAAAAAGGUGGACAAGCUGAAUGCAGCUCAUUAUUCCACGGGCACAGUGAGUGCCUCUUUCACGUCCACUGCGAUGGCACCUGAAACGACGCACGAAGCAGCUGCCGUUGACGACGACGUUGUGCGAUACCGGUACGUGAAGAAGAAAGGCUACGUCCGUCUGCACACCAACAAGGGGGAUCUCAACCUGGAAUUGCACUGUGACAUGACCCCUAAAACCUGUGAAAACUUCAUUAAACUAUGCAAGAAAAAUUACUACAAUGGGACUAUUUUUCACAGAUCAAUUCGUAAUUUCGUGAUCCAAGGGGGGGAUCCCACUGGAACAGGAACAGGAGGAGAGUCGUACUGGGGAAAGCCUUUCAAAGACGAGUUCAAGCCCAACCUGUCCCACACGGGGCGUGGCAUCCUCAGCAUGGCUAAUACAGGAUCCAACAAUAACAAGUCUCAGUUCUUUAUCACAUUCCGCUCCUGCGCCUACUUGGACAGGAAGCACACAGUGUUUGGAAGAGUGGUUGGCGGUUUUGAGACACUGACAGCGAUGGAGAACGUGGAGAGCGACCCCAAAACGGACCGUCCCAAGGAGGAAAUAAGGAUCCGGUCGACAACUGUUUUUGUUGAUCCAUACGAAGAAGCAGACGCUCAGGUCGCCGAAGAGCGAGAGAGAGCUCGGCAAGAGGAGGAAGCAGCAGAGGAGAAAGCCAAGCCUGUGGUUCCAAAGAAGGAGCAUCACACUCCAAAAACGUACCGGGAAGGUGUUGGGAAGUACAUUAACAUCGCUGCGGCGAAGCGAGUGGCAGAAGACGACGGACCGUCCACCAGCACAGCUGGAAAGAAAGAGAAGAAGAAGACCACCGUGGGCUUUGGGGACUUCAGCUCUUGGUAGUCAACAACGCUGACCAACAACCCAACUGUAGCCAAGCCUGGACUCUUAGUCUGUGCUGAAUGGAGAAGGCGAGGUUGCGCAUCUCUCCUCCCAUAGCCAGCAAAGAAAGAAAGAAAGAACAUGGAUACAUUUUCCUAAAGUUUCUUAAAUUAAAUUUCCUUGGCCUCUCUUUUGAGUCCUCCUCCGAAAGACUCACUUUGUUUUGUUUGAUUCAGUGAGCCCCUGCUAUUCUCUAAUUCAAGGAUGACUCUGGCCACAUCCACACCAUACAUUUAUUCCACUAUUAUUCCACUUUAAACAGUUACGGCUACCCCCAAAGAAUCCUGGGAAGGGCAGUUUGUGGAGGGUGCUGAGAGUUGUAAGGAGAGUCCUCUUCCCCUCAGAGAGCUACAAUUCCCAGAGUGGUUUAACAGUCAGUCCCUCUUCCCAGGGAACUCUGGGAAUUGUAGCUCUCUGAGGAGAAUAGGGGUCUCCUAACAACUCUCAGCACCCUCCACAAACUGCCCUUCCCAGGAUUCUUUGGGGGUAGCCGUAACUGUUUAAAGGGGAAUAAAUGUAUGGUGUGGAUGUGGUCUCUUAGGUGUUGUUGCUCAGCAGAUUUAUCAGCAGAGGAUACUAAAAACAGGUGAAUGAGUGAGGUUCUAUUCCAGGCUUAAAUGGGUAAUUGCCAGAUUUCAGAGGAGGUAGUAGGUGUCACGUAAUCCUUGACUCUUUUCUAUUUCUGAUUUGUAAACACAGCUCCCACCUCGGCAUCCUCCUCUGAUUGGACACCUCCUGGCUCACUGUUUUGAUGAGCAAUCUUACUGCUGCUAAGAAGCAUCUAUCUCCUCUCUCCCUCUCUGUGGAUACUGGCAUCAUGAGAUCGAUGCAGCCAGCCCCUGCCCCCCCCCAACCCCUCUCUCUCAGAUAUUCAGUUCCAGGCUUCCAUCUUUGUUUUGCUGGGUUUAUCAGAGCAAUCUGCAAGUUUUGCUGUAACUUUUGCGCUACCUCCCCCAAGUAACUCAGUGAGCAUCCGAUCCUCUGCUUCCGUGCACAAAUUGAAGCUCAACUACACCCCCCACCCGAUUUUGAUGUGAAGAUGUUUUAUCGCAGUAAGGGCACACCUAGAAAAAUGGCCUGUCACUUUAAUAAGCACAGGGAUCGAUACCCUGAUGCAAACUGUAGAAGCAAGUUGUACUUUUACAUGCUAACAGGUGAAGUGAUGCCCUGGCAGACGUUUUGUUGUUCUUGUGAAGAAAAGCAGCUUUGAAUGGAGGCAGAUUUCAGCAGAGUCAUGAGCUGGAGGGGCUUAUUUACCCCUUUCCCCUCCAACCCUUUGGGGUGAACCCCACAGAGGAAAAGCAGCUGGGGGGGAGGAGUUUGAGCAACCUCUCCCCAGCACUGUCUCUCUGCUUGAACCGUCCCCCUCUCAGAGCGGCUCUCCUCAACAUCAAAAAUGGCCAACAGGAAGUCGCUGCAUGUUUUUGUAUGCAAUGCAUGGUUUGCUGUUCCUGCUAAACGUGGGUGGAGUAUCAGCCAUUAAGGUGUGGCCGGAGCCCCACAUCUGCUAGGAUGGAGGCACCGGCGGAGUAAAUAUCAAAUGCCAGUUGAUGGGGACACAACUGCUUAUGUAUUCCUGUUUUUGUAUAAUCCUAAAAGAAUUAUAAGGAAAUAGUAUUAAAGGUAAAAAAAAAAUCCCCCCCUGCACACACCUACAUUUUUCCAUGGUGUCAGGUUGCAGGAAAUUGGUGAAAAGUGUUCACUGUUAGCAAGAAGUCAUAAAAGAAAGUCAUUAAAUUAUUAAUUACUCCUCUUCUUACGCAUUGCCCUUGUUCGCAUGUAAUGGUAAACCAUGGUCAGUAAAAAAACCCAUGGCGUACUGUGAACCAACAUUUGGCUGGUGCAAGAUACUCAACUGCUCGUGCUCCGCUCUGCCCUGCCCCCAGGAGAGACACCACGAGCGCUGGUUCGCACAACCAGCUGGUCAGGCUUCAUGGUUUGUUUUUCCCUGAGCCUGGUAAAGUACAGCAAAGCAGGAGUGGUCGAGCAAUACACUGGGGCUUCUGCACCGUAAACCAUGGUUUAUAUCGUCUAUGGCUUAUUGUUACAUACUGGGCUGGUAUCCAAAAAUAAAGAGAAACUGCAGCUCUUGGCUAAAGUAGUGUAUACCCCACUGUUCCACUUUAUAUGUACAAACCUCUUGAGAGCCUGCCAAGAAUAUUUACGAUUGCUCUAAAAAGUCUGGGUGCAAGUUAUAUCCACGUUGGAUAAUCUAAACAGCUGUACCGCUGCCAGCCAGACACACUGAAAUAUUUACUUGGACUGUUUGGAAUUAUUAGCCGAGAUCCCCUCUCAAGAACUGAGUAUCUGAUGCUUUAGAAAAUAAGUUUUUAUAUCACAAUGCUAGCUUGUUUAUACAUAUAAAAAAAAUCCGUUCCCUUGAUACAAAACUGUAGCAGAACGAAUUCUGUUAAAUGUUUUUCAUUAAAAGAUUUAAAUUGU